GCUCGUGCUCCUUCUGACGAAGGCAGCCAGUCCAAACUCCCCCACGACACCGCCUCGCAAGAACACCAGCACCAACCUGACAUUGAGCACCCCACUCCCAAAGUCGAGCAGCACCCGAUCGAAGGAGCCUGGAUCUUGCCCCGCAACCUCUGGAUCAUAGCGCGCUACAAGACGCUCCCCUUCAUUGUCAAGCUCUUCACCCACGGUACAACUGUUGACGUGCAUGCAUUACAGUCGCACGAAAAGGAGACUGGUGAGGGAAGCCGGAUGCGCGACAUGCAUGCGCGCGCCAAACAGUAUGAUAACAAGGUUGAGCACUUGUAUUCGUUCGUACAAGUUAUGACGGCGUGCACGGCUAGUUUUGCGCAUGGGUCGAAUGAUGUGGCGAAUGCUAUCGGACCCUACUCGGCCAUUUACGCGGUGUGGAGUACUGGAAAGGUCGUUGGAAAGGAGAGCCAGGUUCCCGUCUGGAUUUUGGUGUUUGGUGGUGCCUGGAUCGUCAUUGGCUUGUCGACUUGUGAGUAG